AAGAAAGUUUGAUUAUGUGGAAUUAUUUUAUGAGAAAGUAUGCAGCAGUUUCGAUCAAGCUGAUAAAUGUACGAAAUCAGCACAAGAUUGGCUGAAGUAGUACUUCAAUGAGUAUGAACGACUUGCAAGGAGUGAUGGCUCAGCAUUUGUGUCAAGUUCAAGUGGAAGCACCUGUACUGUUGGUUCACCUGUGCUUGGGAAAAGGGUACUAGAAGAAGAAUUUGCUGAUUUCAAAUCUCGUCGUCGAGUUGUUCGUAGGCCAAAAUCUGAGAUUGACACAUAUUUGGAAGAGGAUCCUGCCGAGGAUAGUAAAAGAUUUGAUGUGUUGGGUUGGUGGAAGGCUCGUGCUGAUCAGUUUCCUAUCUUAUCAAAGAUGGCUAGGGACUUUCUUGCUAUCCCACUUAGCACCGUAUCAUCUGAAUCGGCUUUUAGUUGUGGCAAUAGGAUUCUAGGGGACACAAGAGGCUCGCUAACGCCACAGAUGUUGGAGGCUUUAGUUAGUGCAAAAGAUUGGCUCACUAUAGUCCAAGAUAAAGAUAAGGAUAAGGACGAUGAAGGGAUCUUAAGUGAAGUUGUUGGGGUUGGUGUAGGGCAGAAUGUGCCACAUUUUCUAAGCAUGCUACAUGAAGAUUCUCUCCCUGGCUCACUCCAAGACUCACUUCCUAGUUGGUCACAACUACCACAAGCCUGAAGCUGGAAGCAAAUGUCAUAUUAUUUUCUCUUUUGUUAUGCUAGCGCAAGCCUGGACUUGGAAGCAAAUAUCAUUGCAUUGUGACCAUCCUGUGGCAGCCCAUAUGGUUGUAAAUGUAUGGCAGUUCUGUAGAAAUUACCAGAUUGUGAAUUAUCAUGUGGGAUCCUUUUUUCUGAUCAAGCUUAGAAACUAAGUGUAGACUGGACUUGAUGGCAUGUUUGCAUAAUCUGUAGUACAACUAUGAAAAAGCCUCAUUGUAGUUUCGACCAUGGGUAUGGGUGUUA